UGGGGCGUGCAUUGAUGCAGGUUCAUUCCAUAACAUUCUCUGUAUCACAAUGGCGCCGGUUGGGUGUGUGCGAUUUGCUUCAUGGUUAACAUUUCUUCUUGCAGUCUUGCAGUUGAAUAGCUGCUACGGUCAGGCACCCUAUAGUGUACGACUUGUGAAUGGUACAUCGCCCGGUGAAGGAAGAGUAGAGGUUUUGUACAAAGGCCAAUGGAACACCAUCUGUGAUGAUUUCUGGAAUCUUGAAGAAGCACGGGUUGUAUGUCGUCAGCUUGGCUAUGGCACCGAUUUUGUCGUAGCUAGGGGAUCUGCCUACUAUGGUGAAGGAUCAGGACCGAUUCGACAAGCCCAGUGCUCUGGUCUGGAGUCUAACUUGGGCUCCUGUUCUCUGACUUCAGGGGAUUCCGAAUGUAGCCAUAGUGAGGAUGCAGGAGUAAAUUGUGAGGAAACCUAUAGUGUACGACUUGUGGAUGGUCAAUCGCCCAGUGAAGGAAGAGUAGAGAUUUUGUACAAUGGCCAAUGGAACACUAUCUGUGAUGAUUACUGGAGUCUUGAAGAAGCACAGGUUGUUUGUCGUCAGCUCGGCUAUGAUACUGAUAAUGCAACACCAAAGAAUUUAGCCUACUAUGGUCAAGGUUCAGGACCGAUUCUACUAGCCGAGUGCUCCGGUUUCGAGAAUACCUUGAAUUCCUGUGCUCUGUAUAAAUUGGAUUACGUCUGUAGCCAUAGUAUGGAUGCAGGAGUAAGAUGUGAGUUAGGAAUCUCUAAUGUAAGACUUGUGAAUGGUCCAUCGCCCAGUGAAGGAAGGGUAGAGAUUUGGUACAAUGGUCAAUGGAACACUAUCUGUAAUGAUCUCAUUGGUCUUGAAGAAGCACAGGUUGUUUGUCGUCAGCUCGGCUAUGACACUGAUAAUGUAACACCAAGGGGUUCGGCCUACUAUGGGCAAGGAUCAGGACCAAUUCAAGCAGCCCAAUGUUAUGGUUGGGAGGAUACCUUGGAAUCCUGUACUCUGACCUCAGGGGAUUCCUUAUGUCGCCAUUAUGAGGAUGCAGGAGUAAGAUGCGGAAGCGACAUUUUCACAACCAGUGAUCCAUUUCCAUGGCAACCGGCAACCACAGGCGGUGGAAUCUAUAACGUACGGCUCAUGGACGGUCCAUCGCCCAGAGAAGGAAGAGUAGAGAUUUGGUACAAUGGCCAAUGGAACACUAUUUGUGAUGAUUACUGGUAUCUUCCAGAAUCACAGGUUGUAUGUCGUCAGCUUGGCUAUGGCACCGAUAAUGUCGUAGCAAGGAGAUUUGCCUACUAUGGUGCAGGAUCAGGACCGAUUCGACAAGCCCAAUGUGAUGGUUGGGAGUCUAACUUGGGCUUCUGUUCUCUGACUUCAGGGGAUUCCGAAUGUAGCCAUCGUGAGGAUGCAGGAGUUAGUUGCGGAAGCGACAUUUUCACGGCAUUUCCAUGGCAACCGACAACCACAGGCGAUGGAAUCUAUAACGUACGGCUCAUGGACGGUCCAUCGCCCAGAGAGGGAAGAGUAGAGAUGUUUUACAAUGGCCGGUGGAACACAAUCUGUGAUGAUUACUGGAAUCUUGAAGAAGCACAGGUUGUUUGUCGUCAGCUUGGCUAUAGCACCGAUAAUGUCGUGGCAAGGAGUUCAGCCUACUAUGGGCAAGGAUCAGGACCAAUUCAACGAGCCCAAUGUGAUGGUUGGGAGGAUACCUUGCAAUCCUGUACUCUGACCUCAGGGGAUUCAUUAUGUCGCCAUUAUGAGGAUGCAGGAGUAAGAUGCGUCCUCAAUUAG